AGAGGCGGCUCUGUUAAGCCACGCCUACACUACGCCGAAAAUAAUUGUAUGAAGUAUACUCUGCAGUGACUUUAUAGUUUAGUUGUCACUUACAGAAGGCUUUAUCGUCAACCACGGUACAGAUUAGGUCUGUAAGAAGAUGUCUAGUGUUGAGACUACAGCUGAACGUAUCUGCUACAUUACGCGCGUGCAGAGUUUUUGUGCUUGCCAUCGAUUACACAGCAAAUCAUUAAGUGACGAAGAAAACAAAAAAACAUUUGGAAAAUGCAACAACCCCAAUGGCCAUGGACAUAACUAUACAGUUGAAGUGACUGUUAAGGGAAAGAUCGACAAAAACACUGGAAUGGUAAUGAACCUUACUGAUCUAAAGCAAAUUAUUGAGGAGACCAUCAUGAAACCGCUUGACCAUAAAAAUCUGGACCUGGAUGUACCAUAUUUCGCUAAUGUUGUCAGUACCACAGAAAACCUGGCUGUCUAUAUUUGGGACUGCAUGGCAAAGCAUCUCCCUCCAAACACGCUGUAUGAAAUCAAAAUGCAUGAAACAGACAAAAAUAAAGUCAUAUACAGAGGUUAAUAGAAUGAUACUAUCGCUUGUCUGCAGGCUGUAGAUCAAGUAGAUGGCAGUAAAUCUCAGUAUCUUUUAAAAGGUUUAUUCACAGAAUGUGACACCUGCUGUGGUCUGUUUACCACAUGGCUGACAAUAUGGGAUUAAUGUAAAUCACUGAGAAUUUGGCUCAGUUUUUGACCAUGUGGAAUUGAUCCUAUUAAACACAGAGAUUACGCAUGGACAUCUUUAUCCAAAUUGAUUAACAGCUCUUUGUCUUCACCCUGUCUUUUGUAUAUUGUCUCUGGAAGUUGGAGGCCUGUUUGAACAGAAGCAGCCCUUUUUGUAAUAGCAAAAUCAUUGUUGUCUUACUAAUAAAUAAAUAAUGUGUUUAAGUGGUUUUAUUUAACCUUAUAUUAUACAAGACAAUAGUUUUGUAAUACUGUUGUUCUUACAUUGUAUUUGCAGAGAUCAACUUUAUUCAGUGUUAUUUGUUUUCCCAAUAGAUGGCGCUGCAUUUGCAUUUCAUUAAAAAAAAUCACAAAUCAAGAUGAAAAUGAGUGAUUGUACAAAAGAUGCUAUGCAUUUUCAGGUUCAGACAUGCCGCAUCUUUAUAUUAUAGAUGUGAUCUGUCGUGUUUGACUGUUGGAGAUUAAAUACACCACCAGCAACCCUGUUGAUUUAUAUCAAUGUCAGGGGCUUGUAAAUUGUAAUUAAACUUUGGGGGAAAGUCUUGAAAGAAGACGUGUCAUGAUGGCUUUAAAAUAAUAAAUAAACUGAAGGAUUAUCAGGAAAUCUGAUUUCUGAAAAGUGGUUGUCGUUUUCUUAUCUGCUGUCAUAUCAAAGGUCUACUGUAAUUAAAUGUUUUUUUUUUUUGUGCAUUUUAUUUCGAAAGAUGAUCUUUUUUAGAUGGAAUUAAGGUUUGCUUGCAACAGUAUCACAAAAGCAUUUUUGUCCUGCUCUGUUGAAAAUUAUGCCAAAUGCAGAGUGAGGUGGCAUUCAAGUUUGUUUACACUGUUACACAGUAAAGGGCACAUGGCCAGGAUCGCAAGUACAACACAAAUGUUUUUAGAGAUUUAUUACUUUUAGAGAUAUUCUUACUUCUCCAAUAUACCUGAAGAAAUUGUACUUAAGCUAAAUACUUUAGCUUUCUGCAAGAGUACAUUGUGUGUUGAGGCAUAUGAUUAUUGUCAACAAUAAAGAAGUAAAAU